ACAAACAAGUGCCAGUAUUAUCGAUCGGGGUAAAGCAAAACUGCUGGUGAAUCUGCUCCCCACGCCAUUCGAACAUUUACGUGCUUCAUAUCUUCCUAUUUAUAUGUAUGAAUGGUUAUUACAUAUUCACGCGAUACAGUGCCACAACGCCGGUGAUGUGUUGUUUUCUCACGCGUCAGAGUGAAGAGCCAGUGAUAUGAGCAAUUAAAUUGCAUUUUAUAUACACCGGCUUGUGAUUCUCCGACAGUCGAACCGAUGGUGACUUGUAUUUUAGAAUUACGGAAGCUUGAGUCAUUUGCAUCUAAAUGUCUUAUCUAGUUAGAUAACAAUGUGGUGGUACCAAAAAGUCUGCCACAAAUCGAUAGAAGAGUGAAAUAAUGAAAUCUAAAUAAAUGUAAUGGAACUAUUCUUCGAGUGUCUCCAAAACGGUGAAAUUAUGAGCUCACAUUCGAACACCUGUCGCCCAACAUCGGCUGUGCCAGCCAGUGUCCGUUCCUCGAUACCCUAAUUUGGCUUUCGCAUUGGCUCUGUGAGUGCGGUGUGAGUUGAAUAAUUAAGGAUACGAUUAAACAUUCCGCGAAUUCGCCACUGAUUCGCAGGUUCGAUAGCCCGUUGUGCGCGCCAAUGUUGACCCAAACAGGGAAAGCAGACAAUUGAACUGCAUAAACGUUUAGUGCCGUACCAGAAAAGCUGGUCACAACCGUGGAAGAAGAAAGUGGACUCGCGCUGAUUUCAACGACCGACACGCAACGAUGGACGAUGGUUGGCCCUCUGCUGCCUGCCUGCCUGCCUUUAGAGCGGCCAAAUGGUGACCGGUAAUGGCGAUCCAAGUGGAAACGCGAACUUCAGUUUAGUAACUGCGAUUCUAGGCAUCGAAGCGCGUAUGCGACAUCUCCAGCAGUACUAUAGUGCUGGUGGAAAGUGAACACUAGGGACAGUGCAAGUGAUUUCGGCGGAUCUCCGGAAAUAGUGAACCCAAUUAAAAUAGUGUGAUAUAAUAUGUGAUACCAGCUAUGGUGAUGGUGUGAACUGAGGUUGUGAAGAGGAAACUGUGCUGCAUAGAAGAAAGUCUUAUCACCAUUGCCGCGACUGAUACGUAGACUGGUGGCAUAUGUGCGAAAUGUUUUGCUGAUAAGUAAUAUACAUUGUUGAAGAGAUGAUUGCUAAAGUUGGAUUUAACACAUAUAGAAGACUGAUAUUUUUUAUCGCUGCGUUACAAGUAGCGAACGUCGUCCGCGUUACCUAUGCCAUACCGGUUACAAUACGGCAGCCGCGAAGCGAUUUCACCGUUGGCGCCUGCACGUGGGUAAUCGAACGACCGUGCCCCGAUGAAGACAUUAAGUUCUAUCUGUUCACGCGCUCUAAUCCGGACGAUCGACAGUACGUUCACAUCGAUGAAACGUUGGAAAAAUCGAAUCUCAGCUCGUCCUACUUCAACCCAUCGCUACCGACGAAGGUAAUCAUCCAUGGGUACAAUGCGGACAUGUUUCUCGCACCGCUGAUUAGUAUGAAAGGAGAAUAUCUCAACCGAGGUAGCUUUAACCUAUUCUACGUAGAUUGGAGCGUACUUGGUCCCGGUCCAUGCUAUCCUUCGGCAGUACAUAACACCAAACACGUUGGGACCUGUAUUGGACAGUUAGUUCAACGGAUGCUGGACACCGGAACGGACAACAUCCACUUAGUUGGGUUUUCAUUGGGUGCCCAAGUGACCAACUAUGCAGCCGUAAAACUGCGACCGUUCAAACUGAAACGGAUAAGUGGGCUUGAUCCAGCGAUGCCUUUGUUUAUCACUGCCGACAAUGAUGAUAAGCUCGAUAAGUCGGAUGCAGAUUUCGUAGACGUCAUUCACACGAAUGCUCUUGUUCAGGGAAAAGUCGAACGCUGUGGACAUGUGGAUUUCUACAUGAAUGGAGGAAUCAUUCAACCUGGGUGCUGGGCAGGAGGGCAAAAUCCAAUGGCUUGCAGUCACCACAGGGCACCAGAUUACUUUUCGGAAUCGAUCCGAAGUCUCACCGGUUUCUGGGGCUGGAAAUGUGAAAGCUACAUCUACUACUUGCUAGGAUUCUGUCCGCACAACAACUACCAGGUUAUGGCCGGCGAAGAUUGCGUUCCAGGAACCGAAGGAAUGUUUAUGAUUACAACGAAUUCUGAUUCGCCAUUUGCAAUUGGUCGGUGGACCGAUGCCACUGGUUUGCUUAAGACAAAUAACAAAUUUGCUCUCAAACGAGAUCCAUUCACCAGUGAUAUCGAUCAAUGGGGUAAAUUGGAAGGAAAUUUCAACAAUGUGGAACACUUCCCCACACCGUAUUCUCAGGAUCCGAAUGGAGACGACUGGCCGUACUUUAAUCACAUUGGCACGAAUAAACUUACCAAAGAUUAUAUUAAGAAAAUUUUGGAACAGGAUAAAGACAUUUACGAGGAUACCACCGAAGAAAGUGCUGCAAUGAAUCUUCGGAAGCACGUUGUAAUGAGUAACAACAUCAAUCAAAAUUCAGGACUGAAUGACUUGAGAAGGCGACUUCAACUGAAAGAAGCCAGUGUGAUGGAACGGUACACGGUGCCAAUGUACAAUCCUCAUUAGAAGCGUUUUUAAAUUGUUGAAAUA